CGUGACGCCACGGGCAGAAGCAGAUCAGCGGAGCAGACAGGACCCGGGCUGAAGCAGCAGCAGCAGCAGCAGCAGCAGCAGCGCCGCCACAAAGGGAGCUUAGUGGUUGAAGCUCGACUCUUCGCUCCUCUUCUCCAAGGUUUGAGAUGCUCCGGCUCGGCGGCAGGAUGUGCGGCUUGUCGGCCCUGCUCUCGGUGCUUCUUGCUGGGCUCGCGGCGGCGUCCUCGGAUCUGUUUGACAACCAACUGGGCGACAUCAAUUAUUGCAAAAAACAAUGCCAGCUCACCAUCAAAAACAAAAGCCCCGCUAAAGACUCCAUAAUGAACGCCUGUCACCGUGGUUGUCGCCUCUAUUCCAUCUGCCAGUUCGUCAAUGGCAACGCCGGCUUCAAUACCAGCAGGGAGGAGUGUCAGGGAGCCUGCCAGGAGGCAUAUAUCAAGCUGCUAGAACAGGAGGCUUGCAGCACCGGCUGUGCCAGCCAACCCUCUGAACCUGAGAUCAAGAGGAGGAAGCUCAGAGCCAUGACUCUUCGCCCUAAGCCCCCCUCUGUGAUGGAGGCCGUGUCCAGUUGGUGCAACGACAUUGUCAGCUCUGCCCAGAGCUUCAUCUCCUCCACUUGGACCUUCUACCUGCAGGCUGAUGAUGGCAAGGUUGUGGUUUUCCAGAGCCAGCCAGAGAUGGACUACUCUCUGCCCGAGCUGCAGGCUCCUCGGUCCAACGUGGCAGACAAACCUUGGCCUCAGGUCCACUCUCACACCCAGAGACCCCACGGUGUGAGGGGACAUGGCGAGAGGGGAGCAUCCAAAGCAGGAGGCAAAGGGAAGCACCCUGUUCAGCAUGCAGACGACCCCACGGCUGAGCACGACUUCCUUGGCUGCAUGUCAAGACGUUCAGGCCUUCCACGGUGGAUUUUAGCAGCCUGUCUCUUCCUGUCCAUCAUGGUUAUGUUGUGGCUCAGCUGUGCCAGCCUCGUCACUGCACCAGAGCAGCACAUUAAGACGCAGCUGAGUAUCAACGGAGACAAAGAGUUUCUGGAUAAUGCCCACAAAGUCAACCCGUACCACCUGAGUCCUGUGAUCGCCGUCGCCGUGAAACAAACAGAGGAGAGUCAGGAGGCGGGGCCGCUGCCGGUGAAAGUUGACCUCAACAAAACCUGUGUUUAGGAAGGACCAAUGGGAGAGCUGUUGUCAUGACUCCCAGAGUAACCAUGUCUGAAAUCCUUGACCCGUUGGUGAAAGGCGUGAAACAAACACAACACGGGACUCACUCAGUCACCAGAAUUUUUAAAAAACAUAUUUUUAAGAGCAUGGCACCCUCCAGUCAUUUAAAAUUAUCAUACAGAAACAUCUAGCUUGGUCUUGUUGGUCUGAUGGCACUUCAUUUACUUGUACAGUCCAGAUUUCUUCAAGUCCAUCCUCAGAUUUUCCUUAAUGAUCAGCCUGCUCAUUGCUUAUUGAUAAGUCAGCACUCUUGUCUCAGAGCCAAGCUGGAGACAAGCAGAGAGGAUGGAUUACAGCCGAGAGCUCUCAUAUAAUUUUUCAUGUCUAGCAUGGACAAGAGAGGACAAACGCUGAGAUUCAUUUUCGAUUUAAUUUUGCCUCGUUCUCACAGAGAGUUUGGACUAAUUGAUGGGUUGCUGAGAGCGAGAAAAAAAAAAAGAAAGGCGUAAAAAAAAAAAAAUGAGACAGAGAGAUGAAUGGAAGUUGGGCUUAAACGCUUUGGCUUGUGAGCGCUGCAGGAUCCAGAUAGUGUCGCUCACAGUUUAUGAGGUGUUUACAUAAUCAGCAUUAUGAGCUGUUAAGUAAAAAAUUGGUCUAGAAAUUAAAAAUUUCGCCUCACAACAGGAAACAGUUCACAGGUGAGCUACACAGCCUCACCAAGUUCAGAGAAUCAAAGGCAUACUUACUCAAAAAACAGUAUUUUAUUUUUUAUUUUUUUGGUCAGCUUGUUCCUGUGCGUGUGUGUGUUAGGAUAUGUCUGGGUGUUUGUGUACAUCUACAACAGCACACAUACAUUCAUAAGGAACCAAUAUUAAAAAACAAACUGGAUUAAAAACUGGAAUUUAUUUAUUUUCUCCUCUAUUUAUUCAGAAUCAUCGACAUGACUUAUCUGUUAAAUAGUGUUAUUGAAGUGCCAUGUACAGUUAAUUCAUCAUGCAAAUGUAAUUGCUCUGUAUGUAAAAUACAUUGUAACACAGAUUGGAGAAAGACACAUAGAGAGAAGAUUGCACCUAUUACUGUAUUAUUAUUAUUAUUGUCAUUAUUAUUGCCAUAUUAUUACUCUUAUAUCACUUCAAGAGUUCUUAGCUGUUAUAUGUGCCAUGUGCUUUCUAAUAGCUGACUAUUUUGUAUGUCCUAGGAGCACACACUGAAGG